AUGUUCACCGGCGCUCACUCCAUCCUUCCCACUCAAGAGUCAGUCCACGCUACAGGCGCAUUUGGCCGUAUGACGCUCAGUCCAGAUCAUACCCUCGAAAAGCUCGCCGCCAACGUCCGUGCGGCGACGACGACCAGCGCAUCAGACAGGGCGAAACAGAUAUUUGUCCAGGCGUGGUUGACCGCCAACUAUGCACCAUACCCUGACGGGAAUGUUCCGCGACAGGGCUUGUAUUUCUCAUACAGGAAGGUUUGCGAUCAGUAUGGCAUUCCUCACAUCAACACUGCCACGCUAGGCAAAGCCAUCAGGCUCUGUUUUCCCACGAUCAAAACAAGACGUCUCGGCGUGAGAGGCAACAGCAAAUAUCAUUAUUGCGGUAUAAGGCCGGCAACAUCAGCGGAGGCCGAGUGGCUGCAAGAUUAUAUUCGCAAAUCCAAUAACACUGCCGCACAGCAGUCCGUCAACGCCGCUCGACUCGCCAGCGAGCAGGCCGAGGCUGCGAAUCGGGGCGAGGACGGCUCAGGUGAAGAUGAUGAGGAGGACUCGGAGGGCGCAAGCUCCGGAAACGUUUCAAAGCGCAACUCGCUCACGCUCAACAACGGAGUGAAGAGCCCGGCAUUGUUCGCAGAGGACCUAGCGGACAAGACCCCUACCGCUGCGACGCUUCUCGCACAUGCGCAAGCUGCUCCGAGGACCGGUCCCGCAGCAUACAAUACCCACGCGCCCAUUCGCCGUCACCCGGGCCAAGAAGGCACGCUCGCCGCUCAGUCUCCCUCUGCAUCGAACGGAGCACCAGGGUCAUAUAUCACCUCUCAGCAGCCGACGUCCGUGCGCCAUCUUCCACAUUUCCCGUCCAUCGAUGAGGCGAUUGGUUCGAAUCCAUCAGCCUCGUCUCACAGCAUGGCCGCGCGCGAUGUUUGGGGGUGGUUUUUGGACCAUCUUGAUGCACUGCUGGAGAGCGUGAAGUAUCUGCGAUUCGAUCAAUUCGAGAUGCACGUUCGGUCAUUCUGGACAAGCCUCAGUGGUAACCAUCGUGAGAUCGUCCAUGCCCCUGCCAUCGCGGGCUUGAUGGCGAAGGGCGAUGCGAUUGUGUACGAUGAAAUUUUGGAAGUGCUUCGAUCGCAGCUGCUUUCUUCGAUCCCUGCAGCCUCUCUCGCGAGUUUACGCCAGUUGGCCGAUAAAAUGGAGAAGAUUCUCCUGUUUUCCCUCGAGAAUUAUGGCACUACGUUCGUGGAGCCAAAGGUUGAGCUAGGCGCGCGCUUUGGUCAUCUUGUUUUGCGGUUCUUGGACAUAUACCAAGUCACCCAGGCGCUCAACACCGUCCUGACGAACCAGAAGCAGCUUGCCGAGAUGCGUCGAUCAUGGGAGAAGAUUGAUUUCGAGUCCGUUCGCAACCAGUCGGCGCUUGUAUGCAACUGCCGGCAUGAGGAUCUAGUGCAGCUAUUGGAGGUGGAAUUUCGGUCGCUGAUGGAUAGCUUGUCGAAGAGCGCCGAGCCCGUCCGGGACGUCAUGGCUUGGGCAGAUAAAUGCUGCGAGAGGCUAAUGGGGGGAUCGACAGGAGCGGACGAUCGAAGCACUCUGAGUUCCCGAAGUGUUUUGAUCCGCUGGGGGUACGUGACCAGUCAGGUCAUGAGGGACUUGACCAUCCGCAGCGACCCUACAUUUGGUGCUUUCCAAAUCCUCAAGUUGUUCUUGGACGAUUGGAUUGCUCUCAAUGUCCUUCGAAAUGUCGCACUUUCAACUACUUCGGUAGCGGCAUCUGUCGAACCGGUCAUGCAACAACAAUUCUUCACCUUGGAGCCGAUGGUGGGUCAGGAAGCGUUUGGCUCCCAUCUUGAUGCAAGGCCCUCCCAUGUUCUGAGUCAUACCCCGACGACAUCGAGUAUGCUUGCUGCCCUUCAACACGAUUCGUACCCCUCAGGGCCCCUGGACCCUACAUCGACCGCUUACCACACGGAUACAUACGGACUCCCCUCUUACAUGGAUACCUCUGCACCUCAUGAUGACCCUUUGUCUGCGGUGCACCAAAGCGGCCUCGCCUUUCCGGAUUACGUGUCGGGUCCUGGAAGCUCCUUCGACGUGACGGCCUUCACCCCCCAGGAUCUCGGCAUGCCCCCGUCAGCGCCUUCAACUAAUGAAUCGGAGCAUGAGGCAGAGGGAGUGAAAUCCGAAGCCUGA